GUCGCUCUCCCUUUGGUCCUCGCGGCCACCGCUCAAGGCCAUAUCGCACGCGACACAGCCUGCAAGGAUGUCCACAUCUUUCUCGCCAAGGGAAACAACGAGCCUUAUCCGGGUCGUCAGGGAAAGCUCGCCGGCGCAAUCUGCUCCGGUCUAGACAGCUGCGACUACGAGGACAUUCAGUUCUACAACCCCCUCGAGGCGCCGUAUUGCGGCUCGGUCUUUGAGGGUGCCAAGAAUGGUAUCCAGCAGAUCACGGCGUACAACAAGAGGUGUCCCGAUUCGAAGCUCGUGGUGAGCGGUUACUCGCAAGGUGGUCAUGUUGUUGGUGAUAUUCUUGGUGGUGGUGGAGGCGUCUUUUUUCAGGACUGUGUGCAGGAGCCUAACAAGGGCUUGGAUCCCAAGACUCGUCCAGCCAACAAGAUCGUCGCCGCCAUGAUCUUUGGAGACACGCGACACACAGCCAACCAGCCCUACAAUGUCCUCAGCGGCGCCGGCAAGGAUGGUCUCUUCCCUCGUCCUGGUGACCAGCUUGCCAACCUGGCCAAGUAUGGUGAUGUGCUGCACAACUACUGCGUUGAUACGGAUCCUAUCUGUGCCCAGGGCGACGUGGUAGAGACGCAUUUGAACUACUUUGACGUGUUUACCGAUGACGUUGCGGGAUGGGUCAAGGAGAGGGUCAAU